AUGGAAGUUAAGGCAAAAGAAAUAUCAGUCUACGACAGGAAAAGUGAAUUAAGAUCGUUUGAUGAUUCAAAAAUUGGUGUUAAGGGACUUGUGGAUUCUGGGAUAUCGAAAAUACCUCGUAUUUUCGUUCAUGAUGAUCGAGUUAAGCAGCUUGAGGAGAAAUCCAACUGUAAAAAGUCUCAAUUAAAUAUUCCCAUCAUCGACUUUGAUCGAAUUUAUGAAGACAAAGCUCGGCGUUAUGAAAUUGUGGAGGGAAUUCGAGAUGCCUGUGAAAAAUGGGGAUUUUUUCAGGUAAUCAAUCAUGAGAUUCCGCUAAGUAUAAUGAAUCAAAUGAUUGAUGGGGUACGAGGAUUUCAUGAACAAAAAUCCGAGCUAAUUGGAGGGAUACUAUAUCUGGUGUUAUGGCUCCUAAUCCACCAGACCCAAGAGAUUUGCCUCCAAUUUGCAGAGAUAUAUAUUUCGAAUAUUCGGAUUACAUGA